AUGAGGGAGAACUGGAACCGUUCUGGUGCUGGCAUACUACAUUACUGUGGAUAUACAGUUCUUGCUGCUCAUUUCAGCCAUAAAUGGCGUCCACUAACUAUAACUGUAUCAAGUGCUGGAAUUCCAUUAGCUGCAUUAUUUAUUCCACCAACUGUCACAGUACUGAUAGAUGAAUUUGAUUGGAGGAAAGCCUACAUGUUCCUUGCAUGCUUGUCAUUGGUUGGAGUUCCCGUCGUUUAUUUUUUCUUCCCGUCAGCAACAUCGUUUAAAAUCUCUAUACCAAAUACCGGUAAUCAAGAAACUAGAAAUAUUUUAAGAUUUUUGAAAAACAUCAAUAUCAUGUUGUACUUCAUAUCUACGUUUAUUCUCUAUGUUAUUGUUUACGUCCCUGUAACAUUCUUGCCGGACCUCAUGCACGAGUACAACAGGAGUUCAGAGGACAUUUAUAUAUGCUUGAUGACAUUGGGGUCAUGUGAUUUAGUUUCAAGAAUGUUUAGUGGGUUUUUGAUUCUAAAGAAGCCUUCGUAUGUAGCCUUUAUUCAUUCCGGUGGUAUCAUGUUGUAUGGGAUGUCGUCUGUCCUGAUAACACAAUCAAAAUCCACGGAGGCGUUUGUCAUAAUCUCAGGGCUUAUCGGUAUAGGCACAGAGGAAGAUGUGAGAUUGGGAUUCGGUAAAGUCAUAACAUUUGGAGGAUUUGCUCUUAUUGGAGGCAUGCCUCUUGCAGGUUUUAUAUCUGAUUACUAUGGGACAGAGAGAGGUGCUUUCAUUUUCUCAA